AUGCGCUCCUCUUCCUCUUUGUUACGCGGCAUCGUCCGAAGCACUGCGCCUUCGACUGCACGACUUUCCCACGCCGAGCGAAUUCCAGCGCCCGCAAAGCGCCUCUUUCACACACCGCGAACGUCAGCUGCCACACGCCCCUCGCCCAUACUAUCACGAGCGCGUGUACCCGCCACAGUCCGCUUUGAGUCAAAUGCAGCCUCCCCAACGUCGACGACUGCACCGGACUCACGACUAGAACGCGAACAAGUCCCGUCGUACGAACUCACCUUCACAUGCAAUGUUUGCAAGACACGGUCGUCGCAUCGCUUGUCUAAACAAGGAUACCAUCAUGGAACUGUCCUGAUCCAAUGUCCGGGCUGCAAGAACAGGCAUCUGAUCGCGGAUCAUCUCAAGGUAUUCUCGGAUAAAUCCGUCACAAUCGAAGACCUCAUGCGGGAGAAAGGCAGCCUAGUCAAGAGAGGCUCUCUGAGUGCAGAAGGCGACGUUGAAUUCUGGGACGACGGCAGCACCACUCCUCGCUCUGCACAAUUCCACGCCGAAUCGAAACCCAAAGGCGACAACCGCCUCGCCGAGCAGCCUGACCCAUCGAAGCCCUCGCAAGACUAG